UGUAAAUGAGGGCUUGCAGGCCAGUUGUCAGCGGAUUGGUGGAGGGACGAAUACUUUAUCACUAUAAACCCGCAUGUGAAGUAGGAAGAACUUUUUUUUCCCCCAUUGAAGUGUUUUGGGAUAGCAGAGAGUAGCCAGGUGUAGCAAAGCGACGGAGAGAAACGGGGGGAGAGAGAGAGAGACGGGAGAAAUGGUUCAAACUUUUUUGAACAAUAAUGACGAGUAGAGCCGACGCCUCUUAACCCUGGUAUGUUUAUGUCUGAGCCGGGUCUUUCUGUUGAGUAAGCCGACUGGGUUAAAGUAAUUUUCGGGCAGGUGAGCAGGACUUACCCGCGGGGCGAAAAGCGCCUGAAGUGGGGCGGCCUCACCAGCUACCUCCCCUGAACUGCGAGGUGAAUGCGGUUUGACGAGAUUUUGGUCUGCAGCAAACCGCUCCCUUCCUCCUUAUUAAGCGCGUCCGUAAUAUCUCGUGCAUUUCUGCUGCUGCCGCGCGUGCUUCUGAAACCACGCCAUGUACAGUAUGAUGGAACACGAGCUGAAGUCUUCGGCGCCCCCGGUCCCGCAGCCGCCGCCGCCUCACCAGCCCGGCCCGGGCAUGUCCCCAGUGAACACCGGCGUGGGGAGCAGUCACCCGGGGGCGAAAGCCGCCUGCCCUCCCGGCGCCGGAGGGGACCCCAUGGAUAAGGUGAAACGGCCCAUGAACGCCUUCAUGGUUUGGUCCCGGGGCCAGAGGCGGAAGAUGGCGCAGGAGAACCCCAAAAUGCACAACUCGGAGAUCAGCAAGAGGCUGGGAGCCGAGUGGAAGCUGCUGACCGACGCCGAGAAGCGGCCGUUUAUCGACGAGGCUAAGAGGCUGCGGGCGCUGCACAUGAAGGAGUACCCCGACUACAAGUACAAGCCCCGGCGCAAGACCAAGCCGCCGCUGAAGAAAGACAACCCCUCGGGGAAAUACCCGCUGUCGGCCGGCAACCUGCUGGCCGCGGCCGCCGCGCAGGGUCCCGGGGGCAGCCCGCGCGUGGAUAGCUACGGCUGGGGCCCCACGGGGGGCUACGCGGGCAUGCAGAGCGAGGCCCUCGGCUAUCCCCAGCAGCUUCACCGCUACGACCUGUCGGCCCUGCAGUACCCCCCUACCAUGGCCACUGCGCAGAGCUACAUGAACGGCGCCGGCUCCUACAGCCCCAUGUCCUACGGAGGCAGCCCCCAGCAGCCCAGCUCCGUCAUGUCCAUGGUGAAGCCAGAGCCGGUGUCGCACUCGCCCACAGGGGCCCCCAGCCACCACCGAGGGGCCCUGCAGGGGGAUCUCCGAGACAUGAUCAGCAUGUACAUCCCGAGCAGCGAUACAACCGACCCUGCGGCCCAGAGGGGAUAUACCAGUGUCCAACAGCAUUAUCUCAGUGGGACCGUCCCGCUGACCCAUAUCUGAUGCUCCCACUCAUGUCCCUGGACUUCCCCCCUCAUGAAGGAGCUGUGUAAAUAGCCACCCUGUUUUCUUUGCAGCCGGAAUUAAAUGUGUAUGUUAACUUGUUUUAGAACUGCAACAGGCAGCUCCCACUAACCCACGGACCACUGUUCUGAUUUUGACGGGUACAGGGCUGGAGUCUGGGUCCUGGUGACCCCAGUGUCGGCUGGUAUUGGUUCCAGCUGAGCUCCCCAUUACUUAAUUGCAGCCUGAAUUAAGCACCGUUGCUUAGUUGCUUUUUAAAAUGGAUCUCCUAAAACCUUGCAUAUUGUAAGUUAUUUCUGAAAUUUGACUGGCCUAAAGUCCAAUUGAGCAGUGUUUUUACUUUGAUUUUUUUUUAAUUGAAAGCUCAGUUGGAACAGCUGGGGUCUAGAGAAUCGGGAGGUUUUGCGAGGUCAGAGCCUUUAAGCUGAAAUGGGUCGGAAAGUCUUCUGAGAGCUUGGAAAUGGAAUACAAAAAUCGACGCUUUCAGUAGAAACUGCCAAUAGGACCGAACUGAGCCAUGUGGAGAGCCAUUGCUCUGGGGUCUCGGGAUUCUUUUACAGUCAUGUCUUUUAAUAGGCAAAGAGAUGUUCAGGCAGCUCUCAAAAGAAUGUUUUGAUCCCUUACCAAGCAUGAGCAAAAUUAAGCUUCCUCACUCCCUUGGGAAGAAAUAACAUGCAAAACCACUCCUGUUAUCCAUAAGGGUGUAACGGAUUGCAAAUUCUGUUGGCGGUCAGUCGGCUAACGGUGAUCUCUGCCAGAUGGCAGGCCGAUCGCUGCGGUUUUUGUGAGCAGUCUUGGUGUGGAAGAGCAGUUCCAUUGCAUAUGAUCCGGGAUUGAGGGAAGCCCCUAACGGGCAACCUCCAUGGGAAUCCCAUUGAAUCUGGCCAAGGCUGGAGUGUGGCAGCUGCCAGGAGUUGUGUAAUUCUGACUCCUCAUUGUGAAACCGUCCAUUUUACUUUUUUGAACAAGAGCAGAUCGUGUUCUUCUUACUCUUCAGGCAGUACCUCCUGAGGAAGACUGGCAGUGAAAACCAGGAAUGUGGGUUCAGGAGUAUUCCUGUGGAGUGGUUCUUUCCAUUCCUUGUUUCACAGAUUCUUCAAAAAUCCCCCUUUGAAUCAAAACAUUCAACACCCAACCCCCAGUAUUGCCAAGCCCAAACCUGGUACUGAGGUGGCUUUUGAUUGGAUGGAGGGCUUGUCCUUCUGCCCAGUCGGAGUACGCCUUCAUGUAAAUUUAGGGUUGGUGUUGGGUCUGAUCAUUCCCGAGUUCUCUGUGCCUCUUCUCCACAUCCAGUUACCAUUUGCAUUGCCUGGGCUCUUACAGCAGACUUCAGUAUUUACCCAGUGCCAUUAACAAUGUCUUGAGGAGCAUGGGUGUGAUUUGUGGGCCCUGUGGGAAAGGUGCCAUAGUUUACUCCCUGUUCCACCCCCCCCCUCCCUUCCCUUAUCAUGUGAUGCUGUACAAUAGAGGCAUCGGUUUGGAUAUAGCCCUUCCAGGUGUUAACAGGUGCAAUCGUGGACCCUACCCCCUCCUUGAUCAAAUCCGAUUCGUUAGUCUGACAGCUAACGCCGGUGUCCCGUUCCUUAAAACUUUUUAAAGGAAAGGGAACAUCUAAAAUAGGACCAAUUCUAAGGGUUGCUACUUUUAUUUUAAAAGGUCAGGCUCCUACCUUAAUGAGCUUCAAUGAGUCUGAGAGGAGAAACUGACCCCGGAGUGUAUUGAGGUGGCGAUCUCUUUGCUCCUGUGAAGCAUUCUGUUGGGAUAAUGGGAAGCGGCCAUCGGGUACUGGGUGGCUCAAUUGAGAUUCCGGCUUAUCCCGGGGGUUUAUUGGCUGUUCGGUGAUUUGGGAAUGAGCGAGCUUGCCAUUGGACCUGGGGGCGGACAAGGAGAAGUGCUGGUUCCUUUCCAAGAUAUGAAGCCCCCCCCCUUCCUCUCCUUGCCCGCAGUCCAUUUAAAUGGGGAGUAACACAAGAGCCAGUUGGUCCUGUGGGGAUCCCAUUUGCUCCUUGGUGAUGUGUUCCUUGAGCAGAGGUAUCCAGUUCUGGUCUUGUUGGGGGUGGGGGUUAGUUCUGCUGGUUUUCCAGUUCAUUUUAAAGUGCCAGCCCCUGACAAUCUGGAGUGAAAACUGUCAACCGGCCCAAUUUGGCCAAUAACAAGAUGAUCCAAGCUGGACUGAAAAGGUUUUGAGAUACUGGACCUCAAGGGCUGGGCUGGGCCCUCCUCCGAGUUUGAGUUUAAUCCUGGUUGCUCAAAUUCAAUGCCCAUUGUCUGGAGAGCGAGAGAUUGCUGCUUCUUCUAGGGUUUGGACUUUGCUAUGACUACUGGUUGAGUGUCUGCAUCAGACUGGGUUUUAAUAUCCCUUUAACUGUCACUGGGCACCUGCUGGUUGGUCUUGAAGACUUUUCAGAUAAACAUUGACUCCCCAUUGCUGAAGGAUGCGGGCCUCCAUUUCUCUCGCGCAAGGAGCAGUUCUCCAUCUCGGUUGACUAUAUCACAAUCCUUUCAUCUUCAGAACAAAUCCCUUUGUGUUCUCAAGCCAGUAGGGUUUUUGUCAACAGAAGCUUGCACCACUGUUUUUAAUAGGAAUUUCUGUACAUUGUUUUAGAAUUUGGAUCCAGAACAGUUAAACAAAUGGGGUUGAUACUGUAAUUUAUAUUAAACACAAAUGUUUACAUUGCAAUUCGAUUGUGUAACUGUACAUGCUUUUUGAAACUUUUUUAAAAGUGUAUUUUAUUUUAUAGCUGUUAAUACUGUGCAUUGUAAAUAGUCUGUAAGAGUGCCGACUGGAGCUGUGAAGUGUACAGAUUUUCUUUCUUUAAAUCCCUUAUACUAAGGGUGUUUAAGUGGAAAUGAGGAUCAGAUCAAACGAACAAAAAAAAAGUAAAUGCUUUAAAAUUUGUAAA